AUGCAGGUGGGGUUUUGUGAAAACACUCGAGGUGUGCAGGUGGGGUUUUGUGAAAACACUCGAGGUAUGCAGGUGGGGUUUUGUGAAAACACUCGAGGUAUGCAGGUGGGGUUUUGUGAAAACACUCGAGGUGUGCAGGUGGGGUUUUGUGAAAACACUCGAGGUAUGCAGGUGGGGUUUUGUGAAAACACUCGAGGUAUGCAGGUGGGGUUUUGUGAAAACACUCGAGGUAUGCAGGUGGGGUUUUGUGAAAACACUCGAGGUAUGCAGGUGGGGUUUUGUGAAAACACUCGAGGUAUGCAGGUGGGGUUUUGGGAAAACACUCGAGGUAUGCAGGUGGGGUUUUGUGAAAACACUCGAGGUAUGCAGGUGGGGUUUUGUGAAAACACUCGAGGUAUGCAGGUGGGGUUUUGUGAAAACACUCGAGGUAUGCAGGUGGGGUUUUGUGAAAACACUCGAGGUAUGCAGGUGGGGUUUUGUGAAAACGAGGUAUGCAGGUGGGGUUUUGUGAAAACACUCGAGGUAUGCAGGUGGGGUUUUGUGAAAACACUCGAGGUAUGCAGGUGGGGUUUUGUGAAAACGAGGUAUGCAGGUGGGGUUUUGUGA